CGGAAACAAAUAUCUGCAGAGCAGGAUUCGAAAAAAGCUGUCUCAAAAAAAAACAAAAAAUGAAAAAAUUCAUGGGUAUGUCAGUCUCCAUUUUAGCUGUAGUUACUUUUCUGCAUCUCUUAGCCUUCGUCUUCGCCGUCGGAGCGGAACGACGUCGCAGCACUGCUAAGGUGGUGUUGGAUCGGUCCGAUGAGCGGACUUACUGUGUGUACUCAACGGACGCGUCGACGGUGUACGGAUUGACGGCGUUUGGUUUGCUAUUGUUGAGUCAAGCUGUUUUGAACGGCGUUACGAGGUGUCUUUGCUUUGGAAAAGGCCUUGUUAGAGGCCGCUUAUACACCACUUGCGCCGUUGUCUUCUUCGUCGUUUCCUGGGUUAGCUUUCUGGCAGCCGAAGCAUGCUUAUUGGCAGGGUCAGCGAGAAAUGCAUACCACACCAAAUACCGUGGAUUCUUUGUUGGAAAUGACCUAUCCUGUGCCACACUUCGCAAAGGUGUCUUUGCUGCAGCAGCAGCUUUAACAUUGUUAUCACUGCUAGCAUCGAUUUUGUAUUACUGGGCUCACUCCAGGGCUGACACCGGUGGAUGGCAGAAGCAUCAAAAUGAAGGCGUUGGCCUGACAACACAGCGUCAUCACCCCGGUGAAUUUGAGAAAGCUUAAUUAUGGUAUGGGUAGAUCAAUUUUCCCCGUUUUGGUGAUUGUGUUGAGAAAAAAAAAAAUGGGGAAAGAUUAAUUUCAACCGUAUAGUAUUCUACUGGAUGGCUGCGUGAUGUAUAUGUGUUGUGCUAGUGCUCAACUUUAGAAAUGAAAUAAGGUGUCCUGUAUGAAUUAUUAUAUAUUUGAGUAAUGCUACAUAUACGUAAUUUUUGUA